UGGCCGGCGAGAGGUCGCGGCGUGAUUGCGCGCUCAGAGGGGCCGGCCGGCCGGUGUUUCAAAGAAGGCCCGCUCCGAGCGGCGGCGGCGGCGGAGGGGAAAGAGAAUGGGGGCCGCCCGGGCGCUGCGGGCCGUGGUUUGGGGCCUGCUCCUCCCGCUGAUGAGCGCUCGAGAAGGAAUCUUGCAUGUAUUUAAGAAUGACGACCCUCAGUUAACAAAGCAGUACUGUAUUUAUUAUAAUAGUGACUGGACCUCCCUUCCUGAUACCUUAGAUAACAUCGCUUAUUUGAAAUUGGAAUUCUUGACUCCAAAAUUGCUUUGCAGUCAGGCUGAUGUUCCCCACGCAGAUGUUAUAAAGGACAAAGCGAUUGUAGUGAUGAGAGGGAACUGCACUUUUAUUGAAAAAGCAGAGAUUGCUCAACAACUUGGUGCUAAAAUGUUGCUGAUCGCCAGUGAUACGGCUAUACACGAGCCUCACGGCAACAAGACCCAAAGUCUCACCAUCCCAAUUGCACUUGUAAGAAAUUACGAUAUAAUUGAUUUGAAACAGACUCUUGGAAAGGAUGUUAAUGUGACACUUUAUUCACCGCCUGUGCCAAACUUUGACUACAGUAUGGUGAUCAUCUUUCUGAUUGCUGUGGUCUGUGUGAUACUGGGAGGCUACUGGAGUGGAAUGUCAGAGCUUGAGAAACUGAAGUCGGUCUCAAGCUCUGGGAGCAGCUCAACGUUAAGUGACAUCGAACACGUCACUUUAACUCCUCUGACUGCUGUUCUAUUUGUCUGCGUGAGUUGUAUAAUGCUGGUCUUGAUGUACUACUUCUACCAAUGGCUAGUAUAUGUCGUCAUUUCCAUUUUUUGUGUAGGAUCUGCCAUGAGCCUGUUCAGCUGCCUUUCUGCUCUAGUUAGCAAAAUUCCAUAUGGACGAUGCAGGUUUCCGUGCUGGAACCAGUGCAUCGAAGUGAGACUCUUUUUCCUUGCGCUAUGUUGCGUGGCAACAUCGGUUGUUUGGGGAGUGUUUCGGAAUGAGGAUCGCUGGGCUUGGAUUUUACAAGAUAUCUUGGGAAUUUCUUUCUGCGUGAACUUGAUUCAAACACUUAAAUUACCCAACUUCAAGUCUUGUGUGAUUCUCCUAGGCCUUCUCCUUGUAUAUGACGUCUUUUUUGUCUUCAUCACACCAUUCAUUACCAAAAGUGGGCAAAGUAUAAUGGUCGAAGUUGCAACAGGUCCUUCUGAAGACAGCGAAAAGAAUGAUGGAAACUUGGUGGAAGCCUCUGCUGAGCGGUCAGCUCCUCAUGAGAAAUUGCCAGUGGUCAUGAAAGUGCCUAGGCUGAUGUUCUCUGCAGUGAUGUUAUGCAGAAUGCCGUUUUCAAUGCUUGGAUACGGCGAUAUUGUCUUGCCGGGUCUUCUGGUUGCCUACUGUCACAGGUUUGAUGUUCAGACAAGCUCUUCCCGUGUGUAUUUCAUUUCCUCUGCUAUAGCUUAUGCAGUUGGCAUGUUGGUCACGUUCUUGGGUCUCUCUCUAAUGAAAAUGGCACAACCAGCACUUCUCUAUCUAGUGCCAUGCACACUCAUUUCCUGCACACUAGUUGCUUUGUACCGCAAAGAGAUGAAGAAGUUCUGGAAUGGCAACAACUAUCAGGUGAUGGAUCCCAUGGAUUUUCCUGCUAAUGAAGAAAACGCUGCAAGAGCCAAUGAACAACAUGAAGGACAGUAACAGGGCACUUAAAAUAAUGUAUUAAGAUUUUCUACUCAAAUGAUAGAGACUGGUCGCAUUUUUAAAUUGGAAUAUUUCUUACAGUUUAUUAUGAGAAGAAAUGCCUUUUUUACACUUGCACAUAUAUUUUUGUGAUUGUUGAUGCUAUCAGAAUGCUAAAAACUCUUAUUUUUUAAAAUGCCAAACUAUAUUCAGUAAA